UGUAACGAUAUUCUGUAAUUUUUCAGAAAAUUGUUUUAAUUUAAUUUACAGUCGUUGAAUUAGAGUGAAAUCUCAUCAGAAAUGUUGAAGUGUGUGUUGAUGAUCGUGUGCUUGCUGAGCAUUGCGGCGCAAGCACAAGAGCUAAGCUUCUUUAAAAAAUGUCCCAACCCGUCCGUGGUGUCGAACCUCGACGCCAACAGAUACCUGGGCAAGUGGUACGAGAACCGCAAGUAUUUCGCCAUCUUCCAGUUUGGCGGGCGCUGCGCAUCUGCCAAAUACUCGGACGCGGGCAACGGGCUCAUCAAGGUUGAAAAUAAUCAACUAAAUAUCUUCGGGAAGCCUAGCGGCGUAGUAGGGCAGGCCAAGUUCGCCAACCCUAGCAACAAGGAAGGGAAGCUCUCAGUCUCCUUCUCUUCUCCGACGCCAUAUGCCAACAGUUCCACCGCAGUGACGAACCCUAACUAUUUGGUGCUGGACACCGACUACAAGUCCUACGCUAUCGUCUGGAACUGCCUCAGCGAAUUCUUCGGAAACAUUCAGUUUAUGUGGGUGCUCACGCGCGACCCGCAGCCGUCGGAGGCGCUGGUGAACAAAACUCUGACCAUCAUCAGGAACAAAGGCUUGGACCCAACACGCCUUAGCAUCACCGACCAGAACAACUGCAAAUAGUGAUGACGCAUCGAAACUGUAGGGAUCAGUAACCAACUUCAUCACUACUAGCAUCAGUAACUGCAAGCAGUGACGCGACGAAACUGUAGGGAAUAGCAACCAACUUCAUCACUACUAGCAUCAGUAACUGCAAGCAGUGACGUAUCGAAACUAUAGGGAUCAUUAACCAACUUCAUCACUAGUAGCAUCAGUAACUGCAAGCAGUGACGCAUCGAAACUAUAGGGAUCAGUAACCAACUUCAUCACUACUAGCAUCAGUAACUGCAAGCAGUGACGCACCGGAACUGUAGGGAAUAGCAACCAACUUCAUCACUACUAGCAUCAGUAACUGCAUAAGCAAUGACGCGACGAAACUGAAGGGAAAUAACGACUUAUCGCGUUGGUGUACCGUAGUAUAAUAGGAAGCAUAAAGCUGAGAUACACAUUGACGUGACCGCGACGCGUAGUUCUUUUCUUAAGUCACGGUUUUUCUUGUGUUGGUCUCUAACUGAAAUAAAUGUGUUCCCCU